AUGAACGUGACAAUACAGACUGUCAAAUCACAAGAACCACUGACUCCUAGCCAAGCUGAACCAGAAGACAGAGUGCACAACCUUCUGUGUGAUCGCAUCAGGCAGCUGGAGGCGGAGCUGGAGAAAAGUGGGGAGGCUCAACAGACUGUAGGUGCUACUUAUGCCAGCCAUCUCUCCUUACAUUGCCAAGCCAAGUUCAAGGCUCUCAUCGGGAAAAAGUGCAUUGUGGAUUGUUUCUUUGAUGGCGUAGCAACACGAGCUCUGUGGGACACAGGAUCACAGAUCAUGUAUCUACGUGUCACAAACAACAAUCUGGCAUCAACAACCCUGGCCUUCUUCAGUGAAGCAGUGCAGAAUUUUGGUUUGCCACUGAGGCUCCGGGGUGAUCAUGGAGUGGAGAAUGUUGAUGUGGCUCGUUUUAUGUUCUCUGUCCAGGGAACAGGCAGGAGUAGCUUCAUUGCAGGCAAAAGCGUUCACAAUCAGAGAAUUGAGAGGUUGUGGCGGGACGUGUUCACUGCAGUCACCGGCCGCUUCUAUGAUGUCCUACACCAGCUUGAAGAGGAGGCCCAUCUUGAUUUGUCCAAUAGCCUGCACAUCUUUUGCUGCCACUAUGCCUUCAUUCCACUCAUUCAGCUCCACCUCAACAUAUUCACAGAUGGCUGGGAUGACCAUCCCCUUUCAACAGAGGGGAACCUCUCCCCCAAUCAGCUGUGGCACUUGGGGCAGGAGUAUCAUUCCCAGGAGUGUGACCAGGAUCUAGACAUUCCUCAUAUAGACUGGGAAAGCAGUGGUCUUGUCCAAAGUGACCCCAACUCCGGUAUCCAGGUUCCUGAAACUGAGUGCCCACUAAACCCAGUGGAAUUUGCAGGACUAAAAGCUGUUGUGGAUCCAAUGAGAUCAACAAGUCUUGGUGCUGAUGUUUAUGUAGCUGCACUUCAGUACAUGAACAGCAUUGGCUAUAUGUAAAGUAAGCCCUUACCCUUUGGGUUUGGACACUGGUUACACGGCAUGGACAACACCCCCCCCUCCUUCCCUUCCCUGAGAGUUUGUAUAAUAGUCACAGUGCUGCAUUGUUUUGUUGCAAGGUUACAUUAUAGCAGGCACAAUGAAGGUUUUAAGAAUUAAACAAGAUGACUGAAAAUAUGUUUUCAUUACCUUGAUGUGCUAUGAACUAUAAAAGUGAGAAUGGAAAAUGAAUUAUGUUAAAUCCUCAUAUUCAAUUGAACAUCAUUCUUUGAAUACGCUUAUUUCACCCAUUGCUGUAUUUAUUGUGACAAUUAUUGUGUAUUGUACUUUUCCAUAUGUAUCUACUGAAAGUGUUACGUUUGCCUGAGUGUAUUAAAAGGUGUCUUCAG